UGAAUUGUUUGUUGUCGAGGAUCGUUGUCAGAAUUAUGUUGUCGGUUAGUGUUGUAAGUGAUUGAUUGUGAGUAAGUUGAUAGGAAGAAGGUAGGAGAAUGAGUAGCCAGGAAAAUGCUACCGGAAAUGUGCAGACAGGGAAUCUUUAGCCAGGAAAAAGCUGCAAUGAAAUUUGUAGGCAGGAAAAUUAGUAGCCAGGUAAAAGCUGCAGGAAAAUGUGUAGUCAGGAAAAUAAGUAGCCAGGUAAAUGUGGACUGGAAAAUAAGUAGCCAGGUAAAAGCUGUAGACAGGAAAUCUGUAGCCAGGAAAAAGCUGCAGGUAGACAGUAAAAUCUGA